AACACAGUGAGCAAGCAACUAGUGGUCUGGCAUUAGCUAAGAGUGUUUUCAACCAUGCCGGGGCUGACGAUCGGCGACACGGUGCCGAACCUGGAGCUGGACUCCACCUGCGGCAGGAUCUGCAUCCACGACUACGUCGCCGACUCCUACGUCAUCCUCUUCUCCCACCCCGGGGAUUUCACCCCGGUGUGCACGACGGAGCUGUCGGCCAUGGCGCACUACGCCAGCGAGUUCCAGAAGCGUGGCGUCAAGCUGCUGGGCAUCUCCUGCGACGACGUGGCCUCCCACAAGGAGUGGACCAAGGACAUCGAGGCCUACAAGCCUGGGAGCAAGGUGAGCUACCCGAUAAUGGCGGACCCGAACCGGGACGCGAUCAAGCAGCUGAACAUGGUGGACCCGGACGAGAAGGACGCGCAGGGGAAGCUCCCGUCCCGGACGCUGCACAUUGUUGGGCCGGACAAGAUGGUCAAGCUCAGCUUCCUGUACCCGUCCUGCACGGGCCGGAACAUGGACGAGGUGCUCCGGGCCGUGGACUCGCUGCUCACGGCGGCCCAGCACAAGGGCAAAGUGGCCACCCCGGCCAACUGGAAGCCCGGGGAGAAGGUGGUGAUUGGGCCCAGUGUGUCCGACGAGGAGGCCAAGAAGCUGUUCCCGCAGGGGUUCGAGACCGCUGAUCUGCCUUCCAAGAAGGGUUACCUCCGCUUCACCAAGGUGUAAAGUGUUGUGUGGUGUGUGUGUGGUCUGGCAUCUUUUGUGUCAAUCUGCUGUUGCCGGACCAUGGCCCAUGGGCGAACUUUGUGAUGUACUGGAGCAAUAAUCUGCAGCGAACUUCGGCCAAAACAGAACGAACAAAUGGACCUUUGCUUGCGUGUUUUUUUUU